GAGCAGUCUCCUCCCCAAUUUUUUUUUUUUUUUUUUUGGGCUUUCGUGCGUCUAUGUAUGAGAGUGCACUGCGCGCUGACUCCAGGAAGUUUUGGGUUUCCACUUCCAGCAGCAAUUUCGUUCAGUUUGGAAUAUUUCUGCUUUGUUUAUUUUCAGGUCACAUCAUCUUAAAAGACAUGGCAGAAGGGGGCUUUGACCCUUGUGAAUGCAUCUGCACCACUGAGCACGCAAUGCGCCGCCUCCUCAACCUGCUCAGAGAUUCCCAGUCCUACUGCACAGACACGGAGUGCCCUUUGGAAUUGCCAGGGCCGAAUGGAGGGUCACUCAGUGGUGGGGAAGAGUUUACCUUCCCCAUGAUGGUGAUGGGAUGGAUGGUACUGGCCGUAGUCCUCUUCAUGCUACGCCCUUCUACUCUCCGAAGUUCCCCCUCCAUAGAAAAACCCACCGAACCCCACAAUAGAGGUGGAAGAGAACCACCAGCGCCACCUGUUGACUAGGAGAAGGAAGUUGGAGUUGCACAUCCCCAAGUGUGUUCCUGUGGCACAGAUUAACACCUACUCCGUGUCAUCUUACAUUAAAAUAUACCAUGACUAUUCCAUCGUGUUUUGGAUUAUAAUCGCUGGCCUCAGGCUAAAACUACCUAUGUUUUUUCCACCAAUCUAUACAAAAGGUCAGUCCAGGUUUUUGGAGGUGCUAGAAUUUCACCCACUACAAGUAAAAUCUUUUUGACCUCUCACUGUUUUCUAAGACCACUAUGGCACAAUGUUUGAAAACAAAAAUAAGUGAUGUAUUAUAUUACACAUACAGACUUAAUUGUGUAAUAGUACCAAAAUAAAUCACAACUGUCGCUUACCGAAUGCAAGA